AUGUGCGACAAGUAUGCCCUAGAGACGCUUUCAGAGAAGGAGACGUUGUUGUUACAUUCUCUCUAUGACAUGCUACAUGAUGAGGAAAGGUACCACAAAGCAUUUGACGUUCUUCGGUCUUCACUUGUGAAAGAAACUUUUUAUAAUUACUUAAUCAAGAUCUCUCCCCAACUCAUUACUGAUUUAUUUAUAGAAAAUUUCCACACAGCAGAGACACUUGAUUUGUUGUGUGAACUUUCUGACACUGAACCUGAUUUUCAAUGUGUAGAAUUUUCACAACACUUAAUAAAUAACGACCCCGUGUUACCACUCUUUUUAGCGAAUUCAAUAAGUUCAAAAGAUAAAACAAUCAAAGACUUAUCGACUGAUUUGUUACUCAUUUUAAGUGAACAAUCCGACUUUGUGAACGCACUUGAACCCACCAUUAAACCACUGGUCGACUUAAUCGGCUCUGGGUCCUUCGCACAAACGUUUACAUCUUCAACCAUUUUAACAAACCUUCUUCAGCCAAAAGCGACAAAUGUCAGAGUCAAGUUUUUACACGCAAAGGGCAUUUCCAAAGUGAUUUCGUUGAUGAAAACAAGAGACCCGCAUAAUACUAACAUUGCUGUUUCUUUGAUAUAUCAAUUACUCGCAGACGGAACAACACGGCGCGAGGCGUAUGUAAAACACUUAAUCGACGAAGGUCUCUUUGACGCUGUUGUCUCUGUGAUGGAGAUUGUGUCGAACGAGACGCGACAACGGAUAUUGAAAAUCCUUUUUGUGAUGACUUCAACAGGCGCAGUCCAACAAAUCAUCGACGGCGAUAUCUUCCUGUAUCUCACCGAGUUUAUUGACUCCCCAGACAAAUUACAGUCCAUCGAAUUAUUGUAUGUCAUAAUGAUAUUUCAAGAGUGUUCUGCAGUGCGAGGAGCGAUCCCUAAAAUGCGUGGGAUAGGCCUCUCCUCGCGCCUCUGUGAGUUGUUGAGUCACAUGGAAAAGAUUACCGUGCAAAUUUUAAGGGCGGUUUUGUCAACGAUUUUUAAUCUUCUUUUGGACGAAGAAAUGCUUGUCGAGUUCCAAUUUUUUGGUCUCGAAAAGACCGUCUGUGACUUGGACAAAAAGGUCCCAGAAGUGACAGAGGUGGUGAGUAAAAUAGUUAACCGUAUGGCUAAUUAUAAAUUCAGAAACCAAAUGUUUAAUGCAAUGAAAGCGACUCUUCAACAGCACGACACCCGAGAAAUCCAGAAGAUCCAUGCACUUGUAGAGAUCAUGGAAGAAAAGAUGAAAGAGCCAAUAGAGAACAACUCAUCUUUAGUUGAGGAAGGAGUGUCUGAUGGGAAUACCAUUGAAAAUGCAAUUCAAAGCGUUGUGAAAGACAUCCUUCCCGAACUUCAACCCACCGAAAACGACAUUAAAGAGAAGAAUGAAAUCAAAGAGGAUGUUAUAGGUCAAGAAGAUGUCACUCAAAAGGAAGACGAAAAGGUCGAAAUGCCUCUAAAAGAGUCACAAACGCAAAUCUCUCCAAGACCUGUGACAAUUGGUCCUUUACACAAAGAAAAAGUUGAAGACCAAAGAUUCACAAAGGACGACCAAUCGGACUUUUUAAAAGUUGAAAAUGUUCCACCAAAGAAAAAGUCCUUUUCGCUGAAUGUUGGAGGAAGCAAAAAACAGGCACCAAAAGAUAUGAAAGAAGAUGAAGUAGUUUUAGACUUGAGUUUCACUCCACGACUGUAUAAGCGCAGUGGUGUGAGGUUCAAGCAAAAUGAAAUUUCAAUGUUAAUGGAGGAAGAGAGAAAGACAUUUGCCGAAGUUGGGGAAUCGCUAGAAAAGUUCAAAGAAAGGCAAACAAUCAAUACAACAAGACUUUCUGGCAGUCGCAAUGAGAAGAAAAAUGGUUUUAUACAGGUGCAACCUCCUAAAACAUUCAAAGAUAAUUCGAGUGACAGUGACGAUGCUACAAAAGAGCGUUCAGAACACACCCAAAACAAUUUAAAAGGAAGUGAUAAACAACAAAAUGACAACAAUUUAACGCAAAUAACACCGCAAAACACGUUGAUUGUUCCACAAAAAGUGGAGUCGAAUAAAUUAACUAAUUCAACAGACACACAAAGACCUCGUCAAAACACCGUCGUUGAGCCACAAAAAAUCACUGAAGAAAAAAUGGACAUUAAAGUGAGUUUUGACAUACCCAAGUUCAAAUAUCUCUGCGACGGCUCGACUAACUUGAAUGAAGACCAAGCGAAAAUGAUAGCGGACUUGAACUUAAAGAAAGCAAAGAGAAAGCACAUUAUAAUGGAACUUUUAGAUACAGAGAACAGUUAUGUCAAACAGAUGAAAGAAUGUUUAGAGGAGAUGUAUGUCCCUUUGAAAGACUUGAUGUCACCAGAGGAGCUUGCAAUCGCUUUUAACUGUUUCCCACAAGUCUAUUGCAUCAACAAAGACUUCAACGAAAAGAUUCAGAAGCGACGUGGAGAGGACAGUGAUGUCUCCGCAAUGGUCGUUUCCGACUUAUUCAUUGACUUCUUUAACAACGCUGAAGUGGCGAAGUGGUAUGGACAAUACAUAGUGAUGGGGGAUUCUGCUGUUGAGUAUCCAUUUGAGUUAAAAGAAGGGAAGAUCAAAGAGUUAGUGAGUCAGUGGGCGUACAACUGCAAAAUACCUGCUAACUAUUUGAUCCAGCCCGUCCAACGUUUCCCGCGCUAUGUCCUUCUCCUCGACUCGUUAAUAAAAGCAACUCCAAAUUUCACAAACGAAUACGGCCAAUUACAGAAAGCACUCGAAUUGGUGAAACAUGUUACAAAGGUGAUAGAUGACAAGAAGAGUGCGUACAUCUCCCAUCAGAAGACAUUGCUCUACACUCCUUAUUUGCCUUCUAAGGAAAAUUUGGGAGAGUAUAUCUACGACGGGGUAGUCACUAUGAAAGCAACACUCCGCUUCUCGUCCACUGUCGCUUUGUUCAGUCAAAUGGUAUUAGUGUUCGUCGAGAAGAAGAAUGCCUUGACACUCAAAUGGAUGUGUAAGAAGGAAGAUGUCUCGUACGUCACAAAAGAAAAGAACGAGAAGUAUUUCAUCAUUCUUAACUUCAAAAAUACUAAGACAACUGUCACCAUGUUUUUCCAUUCCGAAAUCGAGUACAUCGGUUGGAAGAAGAACUUUCUUGUGUUUGGGCCUGUUGUAGUUUAA